AUGACAAAGGAUCUUUCGGAAUUGACCAAAGGUUGGUCAGCUUGUGAAUGGGUUGAAUUUCAUUUGAAAUCUGUUCCCAAUGCAUCAUACGAAUUACUGCUAAAUCUACUAAAAUCUCAAAAAUGUGCACCAGAAGAUCCUGCGUGGAUUUCAUUAGUGUCUGAAUCCAACUUACAACAACAGUGGCAAGUGCUUCAGAGUAAAUCGAAGAAAGAAUCACUACCGCUUUACGGUGUCCCCAUUGCGAUCAAAGAUAAUAUUGAUGUGUACGGUGUAGAGACUACAGCUGCGUGUCCUUCAUUUGCAUAUAAACCAACAAAGGAUUCUAAAGUUGUUGAAUUAUUAAGAGAUGCCGGUGCGAUUAUCAUUGGUAAGACCAAUUUAGAUCAAUUUGCUACAGGUCUCGUUGGCUGUCGUUCCCCAUACGGUAAGACUACAUGUGCAUUUAGCGACAAACAUGUUUCCGGUGGAUCAUCUGCUGGAUCUGGGGCUAUCGUUGCAAGAGGUGUUGUGCCAUUAGCAUUGGGUACUGAUACAGCCGGUUCAGGUAGAGUACCUGCUGCAUUAAACAAUUUAAUUGGAUUAAAACCAACAAGGGGUGUUUUUUCAUGCAAAGGUGUUGUUCCAGCUUGUAAAUCUUUGGAUUGUGUUUCAAUUUUUGCUCUUAACUUAUCAGACGCUGAACGUGCUUUUAAAGUGCUGUGUCAGCCAGAUGAAUCUAAUGAUGAAUAUUCCAGACCAUUUACACCAAAUCCUCUACGUAGUUAUCCCAAUGAUGUCUGCAUAGCGGUCCCCAAGACUGUUCCUUGGUUUGGCGAGACUGAAAACCCAAAACUAUAUGCCAAUGCAAUUGAGUCACUGAGACUAAUGGGUGCAAGAGUCGUUACGAUCGAUUUUGAACCUCUCUUAGAAUUGGCGCGGUGUCUUUAUGAGGGCGCUUGGGUUGCAGAGAGAUUUGAAGCUCUCAGAGACUUUUUAGCAACUGAUCCUCCAAGCGAUUCUCUAGAUCCGACGGUAACAAAGAUCAUCAAAUCUGGUGCUAAUUAUUCAGCCGCAGAUGCAUUUAAAUUUGAAUAUAAGAGACAAGGUAUCCUUAGAAAAGUGGAAUCACUAUUACAGGGUAUUGAUGUGCUUUGUGUUCCAACAUGCCCAUUAAAUCCUACUUUGGAAGAUUUAGAAAAUGAACCUGUGUUAGUUAAUUCAAGACAGGGUACAUGGACAAAUUUCGUCAAUUUGGCAGAUAUGAGUGCAUUGGCAAUCCCAGCAGGAUUCAGACCAGAUGGCUUGCCUAACGGUGUAACACUCAUUGGUAAGAAAUUUACAGAUUAUGCCCUAUUGGAUCUAGCGAAGAGAUACUUCCAAACUAAAUACCCUGGUGGAACUAGAAAUUACGGUAUCUUCACCGAAAGACAUGUGGGCACUAUGGACGAUGAACUGACAGGCCCUGAUGUAACUGAGUCCAAAUCUAUUAAACUUGCUGUUGUUGGUGCUCAUCUAAAGGGAUUACCUCUACAUUGGCAGUUAGAAAAAUGCAAUGCAACUUAUCUAUCAUCUCCAAAGACAUCCAAAAAUUAUAAAUUAUAUGCUCUGCCCAAGACUGGCCCAGUUUUAAAACCCGGUCUUAGAAGAGUUGAUGAAGUUGCUGGCUCGCAGAUUCAAUUGGAACUUUAUAGUGUACCUUUAGAAAAAUUCGGUACAUUCAUGUCCAUGGUUCCUGAGCCGCUGGGAAUUGGAUCAGUUGAAUUGGAAAACGGUGAGUGGGUCAAAUCUUUCAUUUGUGAAGAGGUUGGUUACGCGGCUAAGGGUUCCGUUGAUAUUACUCCUCUUGGAGGGUUCAAGCCAUAUAUUGAACAUUUACAAAAGGAAGGGGCGAAAGUCCAAAGACCUUUCAAGACAGUACUUGUCGCCAAUAGAGGUGAGAUUGCCGUUAGAAUCAUCAAGACGUUAAAGAAGUUAAACAUUACUUCCGUUGCUGUCUAUUCAGACCCUGACAGAUACGCACAACAUGUUCUUGAUGCGGAUAUCGCAAUUCCUCUACAUGGUGUCUCUUCGACUCAGACUUAUUUGGAUAUAGAAAAGAUCAUUCGUGCUGCCAAGGAGACCAAUACUGAAGCUAUCAUCCCUGGUUAUGGAUUCCUUUCCGAAAAUGCAGAUUUUUCAGAUAGAUGUGCCGUGGAGGGUAUCGUGUUUGUAGGUCCUACCGGUGACGCUAUCAGGAAGCUAGGGUUAAAACAUUCUGCUAGGGAAAUUGCUGCUAAAGCUGGUGUCCCACUGGUCCCCGGUUCGCCAUUGGUGACUUCACCAUCCGAUGCAAAGAAAAUUGCUGCGGAACUGGAAUACCCUAUCAUGGUCAAAUCCACUGCAGGCGGGGGUGGUAUCGGUUUGCAGAAAGUCGAUUCAGAAGAUCAAAUAGAACGUGUUUUCGAAACCGUGCAACAUCAAGGUAAAUCUUUCUUUGGUGAUUCUGGUGUCUUCUUGGAGAGGUUUGUGGAAAAUGCAAGACAUGUAGAAAUUCAAAUGAUGGGUGACGGCUAUGGUAAAGCUAUUGCAUUAGGCGAACGUGAUUGCUCUUUGCAACGUCGUAACCAAAAAGUCGUUGAAGAAACACCUGCUCCUAACUUGAGUGAUUCUACUAGAGCCAGGAUGAGGAAAGCCUCUGAGAACCUUGGAUCACUUUUGAAGUACAAGUGCGCAGGUACCGUUGAAUUCAUCUAUGAUGAAAAGAGAGACGAAUUUUAUUUCUUGGAGGUUAAUGCAAGGUUGCAAGUUGAACAUCCCAUCACCGAAGCCGUCACCGGUUUGGAUUUGGUCGAGUGGAUGCUAAGGAUUGCUGCGGAUCAACCAAUGGACUUUAAUUCUUCUCACAUCAACGUAUCAGGUGCCGCUAUUGAAGUGCGCCUGUAUGCAGAAAAUCCGGUAAAGGAUUUUAGACCUUCCCCUGGGCAGUUGACUGAAGUGAAAUUCCCAAAGUGGGCAAGAGUUGAUACGUGGGUUACUAAGGGUACUAGAGUUUCUGCCGAAUAUGAUCCGACCUUGGCCAAGAUUAUCGUGCAUGGUACAGACAGAAAUGAUGCAAUCUUGAAGAUGAACCGUGCUCUAAAUGAAACAGCAGUCUACGGUUGUGUGACAAAUUUAGAUUACUUAAGAUCUAUUGUGUCAUCAUCGAUGUUCAAGGAAGCUAAGGUGGCCACAAAGGUUUUGGAUUCGUAUGAUUACAAACCUUAUGCAUUUGAAAUUCUGUCUCCAGGUGCACAUACUAGCAUUCAGGACUAUCCAGGUAGACUUGGAUACUGGCGUAUAGGUGUCCCUCCUUCAGGUCCUAUGGACAGCUAUUCUUUCAGAUUGGCAAAUAGGAUUGUGGGUAAUAAUAGUAAAGCGCCUGCUAUCGAAGUAACUUUGGCAGGUCCUAAGUUAAAAUUCCAUACUGAAGCAAUUAUUGCCAUCACCGGUGGAAAAGCUCCUUGCCUUUUGAAUGGUUCUGAGAUUUCACAGAACCAAGCAAUUAAUGUUAAGACAGGUGAUGAAUUGGCCAUCGGUAAGUUAAUCACAGGAUGUAGAUCAUACUUGGCCAUCAGAAAUGGGGUUGAUGUUCCUGAAUAUCUUGGAUCCAGAUCCACUUUCACCUUAGGUGAAAUUGGUGGUUACAAUGGAAGAGUAUUGAAAUUAGGUGAUGUUUUAUUUUUGAACAAGCCAGAGUUGGAGGCCACCUCAUUACCUGGUCCAGAAUACGCACCAGAGUCUGCUCCAGAAGAAUUGAUCCCUCAAAUUUCUGGUGACAAAGAAUGGACAAUUGGUGUUACCUGUGGUCCACAUGGAUCUCCAGACUUCUUCCAGGAGGAGUCAGCCCAGCAAUUCUUCAGCGAAACUUGGAAGGUUCACUACAAUUCAAACAGAUUUGGUAUUAGACUCAUCGGUCCUAAACCUAAAUGGGCUAGAGCUGAUGGUGGAGAAGGUGGUCUGCAUCCUUCUAAUGCCCAUGAUUAUGUGUAUUCAGUGGGUGCUAUCAAUUUUACUGGUGAUGAACCAGUCAUUGUUACCUGUGAUGGUCCAUCACUUGGUGGAUUUGUUUGCGAAGCCGUUGUCGCUGAAGCUGAAAUGUGGAAAGUGGGUCAGGUAAGACCAGGAGAUGUGAUUAGAUUUGCCCCCAUUUCAUACGCGGUUGCUAGGGAGCUGAAAGAAUCUCAAGAUGAAGCCAUCAGCACACUCUCAAAGACUUCUCUCAAUGUUUUGACGUCCAACUUGGAAUUAUCCACUUUCGAGAAUGCAAUUUUGGCAGAAAUACCAAAGAGAUCUGACUACUCUCCUAAGGUUACUUAUAGACAAGCUGGUGAUCGUUACAUUUUGGUUGAAUAUGGUGAAAACCAACUAGAUUUCAACGUUUCUUAUCGUAUCAAUCGUUUAAUUGAUUUGGUUCGUAGACAUGAAACUGUUGGUAUUGCUGAAAUGUCUCAAGGUGUUAGAUCUGUGCUAAUAGAAUUUGACGGUUAUAAAAUCAGCCAAAAGGAGUUAUUAAGAACAUUAAUGGCUUAUGAGAAUGAAAUGCAUUUCGAUAAAAACUGGUCUGUUAAGUCUAAAGUUAUCAAGUUGCCUAUGGCCUUUGAAGAUUCAAAGACUUUGGCUUGUGUUACUCGUUACCAAGAAACCAUUAGAUCCACCGCUCCUUGGUUACCUAACAACGUUGAUUUUAUCGCAGAUGUCAACGGUAUCACCCGUGAAGAUGUGAGAAACAUGCUUUACUCUGCCAGAUUCCUGGUUUUAGGUCUGGGUGAUGUGUUUUUGAGUUCACCAUGUGCGGUUCCCCUAGACCCACGUCAAAGAUUCUUGGGUAGUAAAUACAAUCCUUCCAGGACUUUCACCGAAAGAGGUGCUGUUGGUAUUGGUGGUAUGUACAUGUGCAUUUAUGCAGCUGCUAGUCCUGGUGGGUAUCAAUUAGUGGGCAGAACAAUCCCAAUAUGGGACAAAUUGUCGAUAUACCCAAAUGCCAAGGACCCUUGGAUGUUAUCACCAUUCGAUCAGAUUGAAUUUUAUCCAGUUUCUGAAGAGGAAUUGGAGAAAUUGACCGAAGAUUGUGAAAACGGUCAAUUUGCAGUUGACAUUGAAGAUGGUGUUUUUGAUCACAGAGACUAUCUAGAAUGGGUGCAAGAGAAUGCUGAGUCUAUUGAAGAAUUCCAAAAGAAGCAACUUGGUGAGAAGUCAGCAGAAUUUGCUCAAUUGAUCCAAGUGUCUAAUUCAGAGUUAGAACAAUCGCAACCCAGUAAACCCGAAGUCCAGGAGUCUUAUCCUGAAGAUGCUGAGCUUGUUUAUUCGGAAUAUUCGGGUAGAUUUUGGAAACCAGUUGUCAAAGAAGGUGAUUUUGUGAAGAAAGAUCAGGGACUAAUUGUAGUGGAGGCCAUGAAGACUGAAAUGACCGUGGUAGCUCCUCAAGAUGGUAAAGUAUACAAGAUUUUGCACAAGAAUGGUGAUUUUGUUGAUGCAGGUGACGUAGUCGCAGUAUUACAAUAA